GUCUAUGUUGUCUACUUGACGUUUUGUUGUGCCGAUAAAGUAAAGAAAACAAAUAGGAAAACUUUGAGAGACUAACGCUGUGUUUUGGUCGUGCGCCGCAGCUCAUGGAGAUAUCAAACACAAUAGGUUAAAUAAAGACCUCCAUAAGAUGUCCCUGCAACGGCUUUCCGCUCUUCGGGCGAUUAUGGCAAGUCAGCCAAAACCGCUUGCAGCUUACAUUGUGCCUACUUGUGAUGCCCAUAAUUCCGAAUAUAUAGCUCCAGUAGACGCCCGUCGGGAAUGGUUGUCUGGUUUCACCGGGUCCGCUGGUACGGCUGUGGUGACUCCAUCAUCUGCCCUGCUCUGGACUGACGGCAGAUAUUACACGCAAUUCGAACAGGAAGCUGAUCUCUCAUUGUGGACGCUGAUGAAGCAAUCCUUACCUGAAACCCCGACUAUGGAGAAAUGGUUGGUGAGCAAUUUGACAGAUGGCGCUGCGGUCGGCGUUGAUCCUCACACGUUUUCAAGGGACGAAUGGAGUCCUCUACAGGCUGCUUUGAAUAAACGCAACAUGCAACUUGUGCCCGUCGGUGCCAACUUGGUGGAUGAAGCAAGGAAACAAUGCGGAGAACAUUUACCUCCGCGACCAUCCAACGAUAUCAUUGCGUUGCCUAUUAAAUAUACUGGCAAGUCGGCUGGCGAGAAGAUAUCUGAACUUCGUGCCAAAAUGGAGGAGAAGAAAGCAUCGGCUCUGGUCAUCACUGCUUUGGAUGAAGUUGCAUACACCCUCAACCUCCGAGGCAGCGACAUAGAAUACAACCCAGUCUUCUUCUCCUACUUGAUAAUAACUCCUUCUGCGGUUCUCCUAUUCACGACCAAAGAGCUCUCGCCGGCUGCAUGCUUGCAAUUGUCAGAAGAGAACGUGCAAUUACAACGCUACCCUUACGAUAGCGUCGAAGAACAGUUGAGGAAUAUGGCUAAAGAACUAAGUCAGACGGGAGGCAAGCAUUCUAUCUGGCUCUCUAGUGAUGCCAGCGAGGCGAUACACAGAGCGGCGUCUGGGGCUGACGUUUUACCGACCCCACUAAAUAUAAUAUCGGAAGUAUCGCCCGUCAGUCUCAUGAAGCUGAUUAAGAAUGAUGUCGAAUUACAAGGUUUCCGAGAUUGCCACGUACGCGACGGCAUAGCGGUUGUGCGUCUUCUGAAAUGGCUUCACGAAGAAAUCGAUGGCGGUAAAGUAGUUUCGGAAAUACAAGCUUCCGAUAAACUACUCGAGUUUCGCAAGCUUGAAGAAAACUUCAUGGGUCCCUCGUUCGCUACCAUCCCCGGGUCUGGCUCAAACGGGGCCAUCAUCCACUACUCCCCCUCCAGAGAUGGACCGCAGAAAAUCAUCGAGAAGGACGACAUGUUCAUUCUUGACUCCGGUGGACAAUACAUGGAUGGCACAACGGAUAUCACCAGAACGCGUCAUAUGUCGCGCUCGCCCACUCCGGAACAGAAGUCGGCGUUUACUCGCGUGCUAAAGGGUCAAAUCAUGGUUGGCGCCUGUUUAUUCCCGCAAGGAGUCAAGGGCAACGUGCUAGACAGCUUCGCUCGUCACGCUCUAUGGGAGGUCGGGCUAGACUAUGCCCACGGCACUGGCCACGGUGUUGGCCACUUCCUCAACGUCCACGAGGGACCCAGCGGAGUGUCUUGGAGGCCGUACCCUCACGAUCCCGGCCUAAAACCUGGACAAGUUCUCAGUAAUGAGCCUGGCUACUACAAAGUUGGUUCGUUCGGUAUUCGACACGAAGACCUUGUGGAGACCAUCAGAGUUUCGAAGGAAACGGACCAUCCCAGGGUCGCGGGUCUGCAAGGAGAUUUCGAUGGGCGUGGCGUACUUGGCUUCCAUACUUUAACUUUAGUCCCACACCAGAGAGAUUGCAUCGACGUAUCCAUGCUCACCGAUUUUGAGUUACAAUACAUUAAUAAUUAUCAUAAGCGUGUAUUGGAGACUCUCGGGCCGAUCCUGAAGGAGAGACAGCUGGUUAAAGAAUAUAAUUGGUUGCAGAACGAAUGUGCGCCUUUAUUGAGACGCUAAUAUAGCAUUAUGGCGAUGAAACGAAACAUAAUAUAAACAAUUUAAGAUGUUAUAUACUUUUGCAUUCUAUGUCAAGUACAAUAGCUAAUAAUCUUAUAUAUAUAACUAAUAUAUAACAUUAUAAAUAUAA